AUGACUUCAGAGGCAGAAAUACGAUCUUCCGAUUCUUCUAUUGAUGAAAAUGUUGAAAAUGGGACGGGGGGUUCAACUAGUCAAAGAAGAAUGGCUAAAGUACCUACCAAUAUAAUGGUACAAGAUUAUGAUAAAUACAGAAAACAUUUAAAAGAAUCAGGACUUUUGGCAUUUAAAGGUGAAGGAACGACGGCAUUACUUGAAAAUUUACAUGAAUUACAAGGGUUGUAUGAUAACUACCACAAAACUUCAAGUAUGACGGUCCAUUUUAGUGAUGCACAAGCAUUAAACGAUACUUCAAAUUAUGCUGCUGUCAAUGCUAAAAACUUGAAGUUGGGAGAUAUGGGAACUAGUCUCACCACUAAAGAGUUCACUCAUCGUUUGUCAGAGUUCUUAUUCGAUAGUCUGUUGGGUAAUGGAGCAUCCCUUGAUAAUGAACCAGAUCUCACCACAGAGGAGAGGUUCAAUCAAUUUGACUGGUUAAAGUUGGGGUUGCUUUUCUACAAUACCAGUUCGAAACCAAUCCCCAUGGAGUUCUUAAAUGGGCCUUUGGAAACUGAAAAGAAGGUACGAAACAGAAGAAAAGCUGUAGAUGAUACGAGAGGUAUCAAGAAUACCACCACAGCAGAACAACUUGAUGUUGACGACUUGGAGUAUGACGAACAAAACACUGCACAUUUAGUAAGAGAGAUUUACCGUACGGUUGACCAAAAACAAUCUGAUGAUGGUGCAGUGAAUUUUUUCAAGUUCUUUAUUGAUCCGAAUUCGUUCUCUCAAUCAGUAGAAAACCUAUUCCUCACCAGUUUUCUAAUCAGAGAUGCAAGAUUAAAACUCACAGUAAUAGAUGAUGUCCCUAUGGUAUCUAAGGUGGAUAAUGAAGAGUUCAGAAAGGUAAUGAGAAGUGAUAAGCUGAAAACCGAUACCAGUCACCACAUAGCAUCAUUUGAUUAUGAAACUUGGCAGGAACUAGUUCAGCAAUAUAACAUAACAGAAAGUUAUCUUGGUCAUAGAGACAUCGAAGGAGAAGCGUUCGAUGAAGCUGAUGAAGAUAGUUCUGAUGAAGAUGAAGAGAUAGAAGAUUACGGAACCUUUCAGAAUGGCCAUCAAGUUGAUGAUUCUCCUGGUCAAGAAUUUGAUCAAGAAUCUGAAGAAGACUCGGACCAAGACUCUGACGAGCAAGACUCUGACGAGCAAGACUCUGAAGAAGAAGCUCCUGUCAAUGUAAAAAGAAGAAAAUUAAAUCUGUAA